AUGACGCGUUUGCUGUUCGCGGGCAGGGCGGCGUUCCGCCCACUGAAACUCAGUCUCGACGUCCACUCCGCGCGGUCCGCCUGUCUGCACUCUGAAGGACUAACAUCGGAUUCUUGUAAACAAGGACCCAACGAAACGAACGCGCCGCGCAACGAACCGAAAACAGAGCGUUCCGCACCGGAAGCGCACCGAAUCGGUGCGAGGCGAAAGACCGCGGACGCUCGGGACCUGCCCGAACAAAACCGGUACGCGAUGGCGACCGCCGACACAACGACCUCCAGCGAGGUGGCGGAACACAAGCGGACCGUCGACGGGUCAUUUCUGAACAAGCUGAAAGCGCUCGUCGAACGGCUGAGGCUUGACAACGCCAACCUGAAGAGGGCACUCGACCUCGAGCGGGGCGAGGUGAGGGCGCUCAAGGCGCGGCACGACAGCGCGCUGCGACACCUCAAGACCGAGUGCCGGAAGAAGGAGGAGCUGCUGGAGAAGCAGCUGCGCACCGCCCCCAAGCAGGAGAAGACGGAAGACGGCCAAGUAGGCUGCAGCAAAAUGGUCGAGCUGAAACGGCUGACCGCCGAGGUCCAGUCGUUGAAGUCGGCCAACAGGGGCCUUCAGGAGAAACUCAAGUCAUUGACUGGA